GAGAAGGCAGCUAUGCGAACCUGGCUUAUCAACGACUCUAAGGCGAAGACAAUCAUCCUUUGUAAACUCGCACCUAGCAUUCAUCUCCUCAUUCCUCGGAACACUUCUGUUACAGCGCAUGAAGCUUGGAAAAUCCUCAAAGACCACUUCCAUUGUAAUGACGUCAGUUCUCAAUUUGUCAUUUGGAGAUGCAUCCAGGCACUUCAUAUGAAAGACACACAUGAUGCAAACAACUAUGUUGGUCAACACAUCAGUUGCCGUGAUUGCCUUAUAACGGGUGCUUCCUAUUCUGAUGAGGAAGCAGUGUUCAAUAUCCUAACUGGGCUGCCUUUGUCUUCUGUGUGG